AUGGAAUUUAACCGUCAAAGUACAAAGAAGUUAUCUGAGCAGGUAAGAUGGAGCCCGGAAGAAUCUGGAGCCAGAUCUUAUACUUGUGCCUUCUGCAAGAGAGGAUUCUCAAAUGCUCAAGCCCUAGGAGGUCACAUGAACAUCCACAGAAGAGAUAGAGCAAAGCUCAAACAAUCAUCUGAAGAAAACUUGCUUUCUCUGGACAUCUCAAUCAAGAACCCUAGUACUUGUACUUCUGAUGAUGAUCAGCCUCCUCCUCCUCCUCCUUACAAGCCUUCUAAUUCAGAAGAGAAGGUUUUGUUUCAGUGGGAUUCUGAAACACUUCCUAAUAAUCCCUUUUUUGCUGGGAAUAACGAGGAGAACAGUGAACUAGAUCUUGAGCUUCGGUUAGGUCAUCAACCGCAUGAGGCCUCAACUUUGAACACCAGAGAAUUUUUUUAA